CUUCUUCGCUUCAAUGAAUAUUCCUUUGCGGUUAAUGAACAGCGGAAGGUGAGUAGUAUUACUCUUACAUCGGGCCUCUUGUGGUAAAGAGAGACUGGUGUUUGUAAUGGCGUGCACUCGAUCGAUAAAACAGUUGAUAUUUUGGUUUGUUUAGCGGUCAAUAUAUUGAUACCUCAAUCAAAUGAAGGAAACAAGCGGGAAACCAAAAUCUGCAAUGAUUUUAGGCUUCGUUGAGUCCAUCGAUUUCAUGAUGAUGUCCGGAAAAUUAACUAGAGGCAACCUUCGUUCGAUUUUUAAUUUAUAAGCAUUAAAAUCAGCUCAAGUCUUAAGAAUUUGGUGUUUUUAAUAGUUUUUAGUGAUCUUCAAGGGACUCGUACGCCUUUUUUAUAUGCGUUGGUCCAUGGACCGGGGGUCCGCGUUUUAUCCUCACCCGACGAGCUCUCUCUAAGCUAGGGAAAAAAUUAUUGACUAUUAUCUUAAAAGUGAAAAACCGGCGAAAAUUGGUUAUGAACAUGAUAUAUGGCUAAAAACGGUUUCUAGCAUUAUCGAUAACUUCGUGAAGAUCUGGAAAGUAGAACCAAGUCAUGGUUACAAACCCGAGCAUGUGUGGCAAGGAAAUGUAGAAGCUCCUGUUUGAAAAUCAAAUUUGUUUGCUGCAUAAAAUAAGCCAACCAAGUUCCGAAGAUCAGCGGAAAGUUUAGAAUUCAUAACGAACUUUGUUUGGAAGUUCCAAAGUUGGUCGCCAACUUGGCAAUUUCCGAAUUGAGUUCGGAACCCGAUCGUGUAACGUAAUAGGAAACCGAGUGUAAAGUGGACUAUGAUAUACAUAGAAUGCUUGUUUUGUGGCAAAUAAGUCUGUUCGUCAAGAGCUUCGUAAUCACUCAUUUUUGGAAGCAUUUUCUUUAUCUUCUUCCAUCAUUUCCGGCUCUGAACUUUAAAAACUUCAAAAUAACUUUGCUUUUCUUAACUUAGACUUACCUAUGUUACCGGAUGGGUAAUCUGCAUGUAGUUAUAUAUUUAAGUGAGAAAAUCGAGGAAAACUCGAGACUACAACAACUCUUGACAAUCUUCCACGACACUACAGGGAAACUGUGGGCAUCCAGAGAUAGGAGUCUCGUCUGAAUAGAUGCGGCACAUCUUGAUCACGUGAUAACACACAUGCUGUGAUUAACUCGUGGAUACCCGAAGAGAGUAAAAUAACAUGCUAAUAUUGAGUACGCGCGUGGUUGACGACGAUUUGACGAACUGGGAGAAUUGAAAUGCUUCUGACUUCAAAGCUUGUGGUCAUUGUAUAUCUUAACCCGGGUGGAUUUUUAUGUUUUUAAGGCGGAGAUUGUUACGUUUUUCUUUGUCGAUGCUGGGUGCCCGUUGAAGAAGUCCCUGAAGACAAUAAAGACGACGAAACCGAUGAUGAACCGGUCGAACAGGAAGAAGACUUCCAGUGUGUUGUGUAUUUCUGGCAGUCAUGGGAUUCCUGUGUCUUAGUUACCAGUCCUACACCGUCUACAAAGUUCGUAGUAGUCUGGGUCAAGUAAGAUUGAACCAAGUCAAAACGAAAAAACUUUACAGGAAAAAAAUACGAUUUUUCUUUCCAAAAAAUGCAAUAUUAACCUGAAUUUGUACUCUGCUACAAUGCCAUUACCGUCCAGAGGUUCAAGACAUAAUGAGGUUAUAGAACCAAUGCAGGUUGAUAUUGCUCCUGAAGUCGAUCAACAAGCUGCAGAAGAUAAUUUUAUAAUUGAAGCGGCUACAAUUGAUCUUGAUGUAUUUGCAUCCAACUACAUGGGUCUUACAAAGCUAAGCCGACUUAUGUUUGUGGCUAAGCAUUGCCCGGCACUUGAAAUAGAUGCUCUUAGGAUGGCUCUAAUUCUAAACUAUGUUAAACACACUUUCGUGCCCCGUCCACACUAUGCCGGAUAAAUUCUAAUCCGCAACUUUCACACCGAAACUGGAAAAAAAGUUUUCCGUCCACACAUGAAAACGGAUAAAAAGUUUCGCGUCCACACUAGUCCGAUCAGAGGCGGCAAAAACGCUUCAUUGCACAUCUGAGCAUGCGCAUCGAAGCUGAAAUCGAGCCCGCAGUGAAUUUUUGUGGUUAGUCCGUCGAUAGACGGCUAACCACUAUGCUAUCGCGUAGCGUGAACCACUUCCCCUCCCCUGGUAGGGCGAAUCAUUUUUCGCAAUUUAUGCAGUAAGUUUUUAAUUUACUGAAUUUAUCAGUUCAUUUAACUGUUAGAGCUUUCAUUAUACAUCUCUAAACAGUGGAAUAACAGUUUUCAUGGCCAAUCUUAACAGCGAAAUUGCAAAAAAAAAAAAAAGACGGAUGACCAAUUUGUGUCGCGCUUUUGUGGGCCACUAGACCUUCCCCCUGGGGUUAAUUGUUGCAAUCGUGCCACAAAUCAUGCUUCCUUCCGAUAAAAUGGUGUAUGCCAUUUUCACUCGUGGAUUACAUCAUCAUAUAAACCAUAAUAAUUUCUUUUCCUCGUGGCUCGAGUUGCUACAACAAAUUUUCUGACGUCUUAAUCAAGUCAGGGCCAAAGUAAGAGCGCACGACAAUCUCGACAAGAUAGUCUCAUACAAAACAAACUCAUUACUAAUAUACUGAAAACUAUUAAAAUAUAUAUAUAUAUUGAAAACGAUAUUGAAAACUAUAUUGAGCGUCCUAAUUGGAGGAUAAGUGAGGCCGUACUUUACAGGAUAUAUUCAGCCCUUCAGGGAAUUUAAGAUAAACCAACCAACAACAACAACAAAAAAAACACGCAUUGUCGGUUGUGAAUUAAAUCAGACCUUGAAUCUCUUCCGAUGAAUUUUAAGAUAAUUCAGUCUUUUGCUCAUGGGAUUUUCAAAUUCAUUCUUAGAACAAUCGACAAACCAUAUCUUUGAGCAAUAAUCUAAUAUGAGUUUAUUGUGAUCGAUAACGAUCAACAAGGCAACAUUGUCUUAAAACUAUUUCUAUUUCUUUGCAAUCAUUUGAUAAAUAGGUUCUUGCUAUAUAUACAGCAGAUUUGAAACUGAACAACAAAGAUCAAUGAAAACAGUCGUUCAACAAGCAGCAGUGUUUAUUCAAAUGUAAAAGUUUUUAAUAAAACACGUGGUUCGAAUUUUU